UGCUGUAUACCUGUAUCACAUUAGUUGAAACCAAGACUGUUCUCAUGGCAGUUUAGGAUAAUUAACGUGACAGGUUAGGAUAAUUAAGUUAAGGUUAGGAAAAGGUGUAGGGUUAGCUAAAAUUGUCCCUGAUGUGACUCGAACAUAUCUAACUACAACCAGGCCUGCCCUGAGAACAGUCUUGGUUUCCACUAACGCGAUGACGCGAAUACCGGACAUCUCAGCCUCAGGAACUACAUAAGAGCUGUUACCAAAAUUCUCAUUUACAUUUGCUCGCGUUUAGAUCUCUGUAAAAGUUAAUAGGUCUAUUUGACAAUUGACUACUGCGAUUUUUUUUGUUGUCCUCGUUUGACAAAAUAAUUAAUAGGCCUAUCAAGAACAGGUAGGCUACCUCAGGUUGCAGUUACUUUGUUGUAGACUACUCUGAAGAGAAGUGUAUUGUCUUAUCGAAAAAGCCACUGAAACACCAAAAGAUGGACUCACCAGCAAGCCCCUUCUCCCGUGCUGGGAGGACUUUCUGGACAGUUUGGAACUACUUUACGGAAGUUGUGGGGAGGUAUCUAAGCCCAGAGCCCACUAACAAUGACACAAGCUCAAGACAGGAAGCCACUGCUGCACAACAAACAGACGACCAUAGAGAUGGUGUGAAAAAUGAGUUAAAGGAAACUGAGGUCACAUUUGAAACAGGCUCUGAGGUUAAGAAACCAAGACCAGUCGUUGCCUGGGAACAGUGCAAUGUCAUCAUUGGUCCAGGCCUCGGCAGAGAAAAUGUGCAAUACACUGGACAAUCCAACAGAGGGAGUGAUAGCAAAGCAUCCCAGGAGGGAGAUGAUGUAAAACAAGAGCAGGUGGACCGAACAGAAAAUAAAGACACAAUCCAGCAUGUUACUAAAGAAGAAUUAAAUAUGGGGAAAGGGGUCCAAUCAGUGGUAGUCACUGGGAUCCAGAUCUUAUUCAGAGAGCCGACAUCUGAAAGGUCAAAGGGCCAGGGAGCACAAGGACACACUGACAGUUACAACUGUGCUGAAGCAAAUAGAUUAAGAGGUGCAGUGGCAGCAAGAGAAGAGGAGGAAGAAGAAYUCCCUGAAGAAGUUACUGAAGAAUUCCCCUGUGGUGAAGAAGGAACCAAAACAGAAGAACAUGAAAAUAAUAGAGAUGGAGAAAUACAUUUUGAUAUAGAGUCCCCAAACCUUACAUCAGCCUGUGCUGAACCUGCCACACUUUUGGAUAAGAAUGGAGACAAGGAAAAUAAGGACAGAUUAAUGAAACACAAUGUGCAAAGUACAGAGGAUGAAACCAUGGUAAGAUUAAAUGAAAAAGAUGGAGAGGAAGAAACGGCAGUACUCUUCAUGGAGACAGACAAAGAAGGGUGGAAAGUAGCAGAAAUAGUAGAAUUCUCAGCGGGAGGGGAGAAUAGCGGUGAUCUGUGUGUAAUCAAAGACAAAAUGAGUCGAGAUGGUAAUGAAGAGAAGAAUGGCAUAGACAUGGAAGAACUUAGGAGGAAGGAGGAGAGAGCGGAAGAGAAUAGAGCAAUAGAAGAGAUGGACAGAAGAGAACAGGAAGAGAUAUUGGACAGGGGCUUUGGACCGAACAAUGACUUCCAAGUCUCAGAAAACAAUAACAAACAUGAAUAUGGUGACGAUCGUUUGAAGUUUGAUGAAGGAACUAUAGAAAAGUUGGAUCAAGAAAAUGACCCCAACCCACGACUGCUUUGUAGAGGAUUAUCAGACGAAGAUAGAGCAUUGGGAAGAGGCCAGGACAUCUUUGUUUCGGAGGCAGAGUUGGAAUUGCCAAUGGCCUAUGACAAAAGAGUCUUUGUGUCAAAUGAUGAGAUAACCAUUGUUAGAGACGAGCAGAGCAAGGAGGGCAACGUUGAAAGAAUUGACAGCACAGUGUUAGAAGAAAGAAAAGAAAAGGUAUCAGAGGAUGGAUCCAAAGUGUUUGAGGACGGGGGCAGUAACAAGAUAGAAGACGUAGCAAUCAGUAUUCGGACGAAGACUGAUACAGAGGCAGAGGAUGUGGAAGAUAAAGUGACUGGACUGGACACUUUCUUUUAUCAGGACAGAAAUGUUGUAGUGGAGAAAAAUAAACUACAGGAAGAGAAGCUCUCAAAAGAAGACGAAGACCCCCUUAAUGAAGUGGAGGGGAAACUUAUUUCAGUGGUUGACAAUAGAGUGGAAAUCAGAGGCGUGGCAAAAUACAUUUCCCCUGGGCUAUGUGAGGACCUUGUUGUGGCUCAGGAGCCAAAACGUGUAGCGUGUGAAGAAACCCGAGAGGAAAUUCCUGAAAUCAACAAUGGCAAAGAGUUAGACGAGAAUACGGCACCGAAGAUCCUGGAAGUUGGCGACGAUGAAGUCAACACCACCCAUUUACAAGAAGCACACACCGAAAGUGAUACRAAAGAGUUAGAAGGUGUAGAGAACACUGGAACUACUUUUAAAUCUGACAAUUCACCAGUGAGUGAACUCAUGGAAGGGAAAGAAGAUCCGAAAACCGUUGAAAGAUUAUUUGAAAGUGAGGAUAUUGAGAAAGCCUCAGAGACAGUAGUAGACGAGCACACAGUCGCGAAAGCAGCGGAAUCACUGGGGGAAACYGAGAGAACAGAUUCUGUAUUACUGAAUGGAACAGAUACUCAAAUACUAGAGGACCUAGCGAAGACAAAGACUGAAUCACAUGAACCGAUGGAGAUUGAGUUAGGACUGUCAGAGGAAGCAGCAGAGACAUAUGUUUGUUUAUCAGAUGAGACGCUGAGAACAGAGGCUGGAGUAUACAAAGAGACAGAGGAGAUAAAGGCAGUGUUUAGAGAGGGAUGGAUGGAGUCGAAGGCAGGGGAGACAGUGGGGACAGAAUUUGAAUCAGUGGAGACACAGGCAGAAACACCAGAAGUGAGGACCGGGGUUGUGCCAUCAGAGGACAAAGAUGAGACCGAGUCUGGAUCAAUGCAGGAAUCAGCAGAUACCAGUUUUGGAUUACUAAGGGAAACUGUGGAGGAAGGGUUACAAAAGGUGGCAGAGGUAGACACACCAGAGGUGAGGACAGUGACCGUACUGUCAAUGGAGACAAACACAGAGGAAUUAGUGGAAUCUGAGGCUGGGGACAUGGUGGAGACAGAAGUUGGAUUAGUGAAAAAACAUGAGGCAGAAAUACCAGAUGCGAGAACUGAAACGGCAUCAUCAGAAAGAACUGUGACGACAGAGGCAGCAAUACUUGAUAUGAAGAUUGAGGAAUCGCCAUCAGAGGAAACAGAGUCUGGAUUAGUUGACACAGAGGCCAGAAUUUUUCUGGAAACAACAGCGAUUGAGUCUGAAUUAUUGGAGGAAUUAUCUGAGACAUCAUCAGAAAGAACUGUGACGACAGAGGCAGGAUUAUCAAGGAACAUGACAUUGUACRCAUCAUCAAUUCAUACAGAGGCUGUGUUUCUCACAGAGACAAAGGCUGUGUUAUCUAAUGAGUCACUGGAAACAGACAAUGGAUUAUCAGACAAAUCGUCUGAGGCUGGGACUAAAUUACAGGGAAUGGUAGAGGCUGGAUUACCAGAUUCGAGAGAAAUAGAGGCUGAAUUAUUUGAGGAAAUGGUUUGUGGAGAAGUUGUACUAUCACAAGUCACAGAAGAUGAAUUAUCAGAGGAAAAAUAUAAUGUAAAAGCUACAUUAAUGAAAGAAUUAGUGGAGCCAGGGCCUGMGGAAACAUUGGAGACUGAAAAGGGAAUCAUGAAUGAGACAGACGCAGCAAUACUUGAUAUGAAGAUUGAGGAAUCGCCAUCAGAGGAAACAGAGUCUGGAWUAGUUGACACAGAGGCCAGAAUUUUUCUGGAAACAACAGCGAUUGAGUCUGAAUUAUUGGAGGAAUUAUCUGAGACUGAGUCUGGAUCACAGAAGGACAAAGAGAUAAAAAGACAGAGGAUUGAGACAGAGCCAUCGGUGGAGAGAGACGUAGAGGAACUAGUGGAAUCUGAGGCUGGGGACAUGGUGGAGACAGAAGUUGGAUUAGUGAGGACAGUAGCCGAAUUACCAGAAGAAGUUAGGCCAAAGAUAGAGCUAUUAGAAAAAARGAAUAGAACAGGUGCUGAUUCAUCAGAGGACACAGAUGAGACAGAGGCCAGAUUUUCAGAGGAGAUAGAGACUGAUUUAGUAGAGACCAAGUAUGGGUUACAGAAGAACACAGAAGAAGACAUACUACAUGUGAGAACAGAGACUGUGCUGUCGGUGGAAACAGUAGAGAUGGAUACUGACUCAUCAGACAAAUCACUGGAGUCCAGAUCACUUGAAAUAUCCGAGGCUGGAUUAUCUGAAGAAUCAGUGGACAGUGAGGCUGUAUUAAAGGAUAUUUACACAGAAAUACCAGAUGUGGAGAAAGAGUCUGGAUUAUCAGAAGAGACCGUAGAUGCUGGAUUAUCAGAGAAAACAGACGUGUCAGACACAGAAUUAGUGAAAAAUACAAAGGCUCUAAUAAUGCUAGAGGCUYAACUUUCAGAUGCAACAGAGGCUGUGUUAAAAGAGAAGGCAGAAGACAACACGGCAAACGAAUCACUGGAAAUUGAGGUAGGAUUAUUUUGGGAAACCGAUGAGACCGAGGCUUUGGUAACAGAGGAAGUUAUGAAGACAGGGCCUGUUUUAUCGAAGCAGACAGAUUUUGGAUCACAGGGUCAAUUACUGGAGAUCGAAGAUAGAAUAAUAGAGAAAUCCCAGGUUGGGUGGUCUGAGGAAACUGUGGAAACAGAUGGAGGAUUACCAGAGGAAAACAGAGGGGAGGGUGCAAAAGCAGGAUUCCGUUCCCCAUCAGGAACCAAAAAUGUAGACCAAAGUCUUCAGCUUCAGUUUGACGCCUCCGCUUUGGACUUCACUGCUCAAAAGUCUCGCAUUGCCCUCAAGAAUCCACAUGUCCGUCCACCCAGGGAUCCCCGUACUCUUCUACAGAUGCCAUCUUUGACCCCCUCCCCUUCAAAACRCACCGUACACGUGCCAGUCAGAGGCCCAACAGGGAUACCAAUGAGGGCCAUGGGCGGCAUCGGAAUCAAACUGCCUGGAUUCGGUGCAGGGCCCCCCAUCUUAAGAAAGACCGGAAUGGGGGUGAGAGGUGAAAAUAACACCGAAAAUAUCCCUCAGAAAUCUGAGCUAGAGCAAGAUGUAAGGGAUGAAUCUCCCAAGAAAGAAGAGACGCAAAACAAGCAAGAAGAGCGCAAAACAAAAUGGACACCGCCUAGACAUCCAGGAUUUGGAAAUCCCCUGAUGAUGAAUGAGCUGAAGAACAAGCUGAAGAAGACUACAAAAGAGAGCGGAGAUGAUUGACAGGACCUUUUUUCUCAUUGGUGAACCAUGGUCCAUGAACAAUGGGCUUUAAUUUAUCAUAAGUAUCUCAAUUUUAUUUAAAACUAUCUUUGUCUAUUUCUUUUGAAUAUCUUUGUAUGAACAUUUUCAAAUAAAUAAUAUAUUUUUGUUUUG